CUGGGAGCUCCUGUCCCGCGGGUAGGAGGCGCCGGAGGAGGGAAAACAGAGGGGCGGCUCUCCCCGGUCCCCCCUGCUUCCCCCGGGGUCUCCAGCGGGAGAUGCAGAGCGGUGGCUUUGUGUUCAUUGCUUACCUGGACCUCGAAACUCAGCCUCAGCUUCCUGGGUGGCUGGGUGUCUGUGAAUUUAAGGGAGCAUUGUCACGCUGAGCCUUUGUCCUGAGCGGCCCUGUUUGUCCUGAGUUAAGUGACACUAACGUCUCCAGUGAUUUUGAAUGAGCCCAAGGAAGCAGCUUGGAUUAUUUGCAUCAUCUAGAGAACAAGGAACAGAAAUACCCUCCUGUGAUUUAUUUGUCCCUAAGUCUGGGCAGAGCUGCACUUCCCUGCUGCUGUGAAGAGCUGGGCAAGGAUGGAUGGGACAUAAAGCAAAGCAGAAGUCCUGGAGCCUUAGUCACCAGUCUGAUGGACUUUCAGUUCACACUUUACUCCCCAACACUUGAAUUGUUUCUGUACUGUUGACAAAGGAAAAAUGACCUCUACUCUAGGACCGCCGCCGCCGUACUACGAGAACCGGGGCUUCCAGCCAGAGCCCCCCUUCGCUGCCAGGCAGGCAGCAGGUGCUCCCCCUUACCCACACCAGCUCUUCUCCACCAGCCCUCCCUCCGUGCCAAGCUACAUCCCAAGGGUUGCCACCCACCAGUCCACCAGGCCGGCAGCGCCCCCGCCCAGGAGAACCUGUGCAGCCAGUUUAAGGAAAACCAUAAUAAUAAUAUUAUCUAUAUUAAUAGUAAUUUGUUGUGCAAUUGCUGCUUUCUUCAUCUGGUAUUUUGUAGAGAAUCACUGUCUCAGCUCCCUGAUCGAGUGUGGAUCCUCAGGGAUGUGCAUGCCCCCCUCGCAGUGGUGUGACGGAGUGAGCGACUGCCCCAACGGGGAGGACGAGACCCGCUGUGUUAGACUUUUUGGACCAAAUUUUAUUCUGGAAGUUUACUCACCUGUCAGCAAAUCCUGGUAUCCUGUUUGCCACGAUGACUGGAAUGAUGAUUAUGGGAAGGUUGCCUGCAAAGACAUGGGCUACAGCGUGGAUACAUAUUUCUGCAGUCGUGGGGUGGCACCUGAAGUCAGCUUUAAGAGCUACAUGAAGCUGAACACAAGUGCUGGGAAUAUUGACUUGUACAAAAAGCUGUACAGCAGGCGACUGUCUGACCCGUACAGCUGGAGGGUUUAUGCUGGGAUUCUGAAUCAGGAUGAGAUGCUCUUCAGAAGUGGAUACAAAGUGCAGUUGAUAAUUUCCCACCCAGGUUAUGACACGGACUCUAAAGACAAUGAUGUUGCCCUUAUGAAGCUGGAGACACCACUGAGUUUUACUGAAACUGUGAAGCCAGUUUGUUUGCCCAAUCCAGGAAUGAUGUUCCAGCCUAACCAGCAGUGCUGGAUAUCAGGGUGGGGAGCAGAGUACCAAGGAGGUAAAACAUCAAAUAACUUGAAUUUCGUUGCGGUGCCCCUAAUAGAACGUUCGAGGUGUAAUGCUGUUUAUAUCUACAAUGGCAUGAUUCUGCCUACAAUGAUCUGUGCUGGAGACCUAGAAGGGGGGAUUGAUUCCUGUCAGGGUGACAGUGGAGGUCCUCUGGUGACUUACCACCACUCUGUGUGGUGGCUGGUUGGAGACACCAGCUGGGGCACUGGCUGUGCCACUCCCAACAAGCCUGGAGUGUAUGGAAACAUGACUGUGUUUACAGACUGGAUUUAUAAAAAUAUGCAGGCAAACAGAUGACAACACUCUCACUGCUAAUCGAUGUUCCUGAGGACAAGAAUGAAUGAAGCCAUGGGGGCCUGGGAUAUUUAUUCGCUUUGUGGUUGAUUUUAUUUUUCCUCUUUGAUUUUUCUUUUUAAAAGCAACAUGAAGGAUUGCACACUU